AUGUCACUUUCGAUUGCACUAAACGUUCAGGAUGGUUUGAUUCACUUACUAAACUCCGAUGUAAUGUGCAACAGUGGCGAACUGCGUGAAAUUCCCCUGAAGUCGAUACCGGUGACGGUGGAGGCGUUAUCGCUGCAGAAGAACAUAUUUCCGAUAAUUAAAAGUGACGCCUUUCUAGGGCUGAAAGCACUUCGUAAGCUCUCGCUGGACCGGAACAACAUUACCACUAUCAAACCGUUUGCAUUCCGUGGGCUGCCCCGGCUGAGGGACCUCUCGAUACAGCACACUCCGUUGGCGACGGUGGCUUCGUUCGCCUUUGCCGGGCUACAGAAUGUUUCGCAAAUUCAGCUGGCACACAACAAAAUUCUGCGGAUAGAGGCGUAUGCCUUCGCAGGCUCGGCCGGCAUUCGGAUGCUCAAUUUAGCGGACAAUCCAACGAUUCUGGUUGAAACGAAUGCCUUCUCCAGCCUCAGCUCCGUCGACAGACUGAUAUUACCGUCGGGGAUUCGCAACAUUUCGCAGGAUGCGUUCUUCGCACUGGACACGGUUGGCUUCCUAAAACUAUCCUUCAUGGACCUGUCGGAGGUGAGCGCCUACACGUUCCGGGGGCUGACCAACGUGCGGUUGUUAUCGCUGCAGGAGUCCGACUUGGGAGUCAUCGCAGCCAACGCGUUCGACGGUCUGGACCAUGUCGAAACAUUAAACUUUUUGAACAACAAAAUCGACGCCAUUCAGGAGCUGAACAUCACCCACUGGAAUCACAUCAAAACCCUACGGCUGCAGGGAAACCAUCUGCUGGAAACGCCCGAUCCGGGCAGCAUCAUCCUGGAAGGCAUCGGCUUGCUGCACGUGGCAGGUAACUACUUUCCUUGCGGGUGUCACAUACACACCCUGCUGGACAGUCCGCUGGCGAACGGAAGUUACGGUCCGGGGGAAGAUUUCCUCUCGAAAAACUACUGCAUCUCCCCGCUGGAGGUCAACGGAUUGCAGAUGAGCCAAAUCGAUAUCUUCGCCAUCGGCCGUUGCCACGAGCAGGUAACGCGGGAAAACCUGGAAGCUUCCGGUGCCACCAGCAACCACUGGAUGCCACUAUUGCUGCCGGUGGGCUCCGGUAGAUCCGACCAUCAGCGACACUGGCUCGCGAGGCCCCUCCGGUGGAACGAAAUCAAUUAUUCAGCCACCGCACUGCACCUGUAUGGCACUUUGGUGCUCUUUAUCAAUCGAACUCUAACCGUGGUGGCGACAACAGUGAAGCUACUCCGUUCAGAAGUGUGCGAGUUCAAGGAACGGUACCCCGCCGCGUCAAAAACGGACGUCGUGCGGCACUUUGUCGAUGGCGGAUACGCCCGUUCCGGCAAAUAUAACAUCUUAGCACUAUUGGAUAACAAGCAUCGAAAGAAAGCCCUGUUCCGGACGGCCAAUGAUCUUGAGCGACAAGAAGCUCCAAUGGAUGCUGAAGAGGAAGACCGAUGA